AAUAUCUCCUCCUUUGGUGAAGAUUAUGUGCAUUCUUCCAUGCGGAGCACAUGCAAUGUGUGUGAAAUCAGCUGUCAAUACAGGCUUACAAAAACCACUAAAGCCUGAAUGGAUUUCCCGGGGAUUUUCCAGAGAGCUCUCUGCAGAAAGCCUUCCUGGAAGAGUGUUGAUGUGUUGCUGAAAAAAUUCCGGGAAUUCCUCUGUGAAAUUCACAGCAUAUCAACAUUCAACACACAAGCGCGCGCAAGCAUUGAGCAAUAUAAAUCAUUAUGCUGACAUGCUUUCGUGCGAUAGAAUCGCAUUGAGAUGCACACGAUAAAAUUGUGCUGGUGUCAUCAAUGGGGGCAAUCUUGGACUCUUCAUCCCAUGAUGAACCGCUUCAAACUGACGGAGAGAAAAUUCAUCUCUGUGCACACGAUGAUUUUGGCAUUGAACUUGAUGACUGAUAUGUGCUCUCUCUCUGUUCUCUCCUUGGCCAGAAUGAUGGUGACGAAAAUUUGGAACAGUUGCUUUCCGGAUUCAGAUCCUGCCCAGGAAUCCGAGCAAGUGCACCGACACAAUUUCUACCUGUGCCAGUGGCAGCGCAGCAAGCAGGUGAAGAUCAUCUAUCUGCUGUACAGGUGGCUGGCGGCCAUCCUGUUCCUGGCCGUGCUCAGCUGCUCCCUCCUGGACAUCGGCCGGUCCGACACUGAGCACUACGAGAACCACUACGCCAAGUGGUGGAUCUACCUGACGCACUGGGGCCUGCUGGCCUGCACCCUGCAGGCCUGGCUGGCGGCCUGGAUAGUCACCCAGGGAAUGAUGGUGGACAGAGAUGACUUCGAAAUCCAACGACAGGCGAAAACCAGUCGCCUGCACAGGCUCUACUGGGUUCUCUAUACCAUCGCGACGGUGUAUUCCUUCAUCAUCACCAUCUGCUACUGGACGAUUGUCCACAAUCCAGAAAUCAAUAAAUUGGAUGCCGUCAAUCUUAUGGUGCACGUCCUCAACUCCGUGCUGAUGCUCAUUGAUCUGGCAAUUGUGGGCCAGCCGAUUCGCCUCUCGCACGCGUAUUGGACAACGGGAAUUGGUGUUAUCUAUGCUAUUUUCACUGGCAUUUACUUCCUGGCCGGCGGGACAAACAGGAGGAACGACGUGAGCAUCUACCCGCUGCUGGACUGGAGUCGUCCUGGCAAGGCGAUCGUGAUAAGCGCUUGCGGAAUUCUGUUCGUCUUCAUCGUCCACUUGGUGGUGUUCUGCAUGUAUCGCCUGCGUGUCUGUCUGUACACGAAAGUGUGCAUCUGGAGUCGGAAUCGGCGGAUGAAGAAGAUGAGCACGCUGGGCAGGACUCUGUCGUCGCUGGAGGAUGCCCAGAAGGAGAACUUCUUGGGUCCCAGCACGAUAAUUGACGUGAAGAUGUAAUAGAAUUCUCUUACUUCUCUCCAUUGAAUCUCUUAUCCAUUCAAUUCGAAUUGCAAAAAAAACAAGAUGUUCUAUUGUAUUUCCUUAAUUGUUGGGUGACAGAGAAAUCAAAAGAAAAAAAAAAACAACCCAAAUUUCAUGAGAUUAAGAUUGAAAUGUGUCAAGGUGUUAUUUAUCGUUUCUUGGAGAGCGCACUGAAGGAAAAGUAAACUUUAGGGAAUGUGUGUGUGCGUGUGUUUUGGCAUCAAAGUUUGACGGGAAAAAUUGUAAACUGAUUUAGCAAACAGACUGCAAAGAUUUAGAAGAAUGUGUAGAAAAAAAAAGGUGUUAUAUUUGUCAUAAAAUGGAGAUUUUUCUUCGCUCAAACACUGCAACAUUCGCUAGACUGUAUUAGAAAUUUUAUUGAUUAUCGCAAUUAACGAAAAAAAAAAUUCCUUUGCUCAUGGAUAUUAAUUGCCAUUGAUUGUAUUAAGUUUUGAAAAAGACAGAGAAAUUAUACAUACAUAAAUAUAUAUUUUCCUAUAUAGCAAAUUUGUGGGACAUAUAAAAUCCCCAAGAGAGCAAUUUUAGUUCCUUUUAUUUCAUAACUAGAAGUGUAAGAUUUGUGUUUUUAUACUUAGUUCUUAGCAUUCGCAUAAAAAUACUCCAGUUUAAAGUGGGAAUUGGAGGACUUUUGUGUGGAGAUUUUUCACACACAGCCUUCGCCACUAAUUAUUCAAGGAACAGGCGCCCAUUCAGGAUCUCUGAUCUCUCUCAAAAGAGCUCAAAAAUAUACACCCAAAGCUUUGAGAGGAUUACUCAAAUCCAGAUGGUAUUUUCGCCCUCUCGCGAUGCCAGCCAGGAUUUGCCAAGGAUUACCAGAGUCAUCAUAUUUUAUGAAAAAGUCUCCUCACAUGUUUCACCCAGACAUUUGAAUACUUUCCCGCUCUAUUUUCCUUCCCCCCCAAAUUUUAUUUCUUCGGGGCGGCGAAAGGAGAAAAAUUGUCUAUAGAUUGUACCCAGUAAAGACAAUCCGCAGUCCAUCGAUUUAUCCAUCGAUUAUCCAUCGUUUUUUCCAUUCUGCUGCCAUGGAGCAUAACAGAUGCACCACAGGAUUCCCACGAGAGUCCCUAAGGCUAAAACCCUUAUCCCAAAAGGCUGGGAAAACAAAAAUCCAGCGGUUUCAGGGUUUCUGCACAGUCGUUGUGGGUCCUUUUCAUUCUUGAAGGAUUUUCAAUGGACUUUCCUGUGGGAUUUCUACAGGAAAGUUCACUGAAAAUCCGUCGUUUUGAGGUCCCUUUCGUCCUUGAGGGAACUUUAACGGAUAUUCCUGUGGGAUUCCCGCAAAAAAUCCACUGAAAAUCAAUUGAAAAGAGGCCUAAGAGGUUUCUUUUACGGGCUUAAGAGGUGUGGAAGAACCAUUGACUUCCCUGCAGGAAUCCUCAUGAAAAAUACGGCGGAUAACCGCGGACAGAAUCCAUACAAAUUCGUGUAUAAAAUCUGUAGGAAUCCCACGGGGUUUUUCUGCAAAAGUCCACUGAACAAUAAGCGACCGAUCGGUGGGAAUUCCGCGGUUUUCCAUUGUGGCUGUUUUUACUGGGUAAUGUUUUUUGCUCUAUAUAUUUAUUCUUUGAUUGGGAGUUUGUCGAUAAAAGAGGGUGGAAAAGAAAGAUAGUUGAAGUUGAAUUGACAAAAAAAAAAAAAUUCUUAGACACAGACGAGGAGGAAGAAAAUAAACUGUAUAAAAACAUUAAAUGAAGAAAUUUUUAAGGAAAUAUAACAUUUGGUAAAAAAAACAAGAUUAAUUAUAAAUUCUAACGCAUGAAUAACAAAGUAAUAAAUUGUGGUGCCAUGAACUCCUUUUAGCUAGUUGGGCAUCAAGAGACAAAGUAUUCGAUAGAUUGAUGAUGAUUGUAGAAUUGCAUAAUAUUUAAAAGAGAUAUUUUUGGAUGAACAGAAGUGUAAAUUAAAAUUAAUAACGCGAUUAUGUGAUAGUUUGGAAGGCAGAUUUAUUCGAAAUAUAUAUUAAAUAAUAAAUAUUGAUAGGUUUAUUUUGACAAAUUAGGCGAUAAUCGAGAUGUGAAGAUGAUGAAGAAAAAGCAAAAAAUUACCCAGACAUUCCGGAAGGAUUUCUUGUGCGGAGAGGAAAAGUGAGAGUUGUGAUUGAGAUGCAAACGAAAAAAAGCAAUUAUACUAAAGCAUUCCAGUGGAAAUUGAUUUUUUCCCGAUACAAACACACCAAAUUGACCAUAAUUUGAGCUCCACACUGUGGAUGAGCAAUCACGGUCGUUUCUGUGCGCAGAAGAAUGGCAGAAGGAGUGGUUUUGUGGUUUCCCUCCAGAAACAUCUCAAUUUGAGAGGAGUUGUGCUGUUACCUCUUGAUUUUCUUGGACGCAUUAAAACAUAUCGGAGAGUCGAGUUAAUAAUGUACAGCAAUUUAUUUUUAUUAUCUCUGUACAUAGAGAGAGAGACAGAGAGAGAGAGAGAGAGGGUUAAGUGUGAGGGGUGAAGACGAGAGAGAGAGAGAGAGGAGGAAAAGUGCUAAAAUUGAUGGCGAUAUUAAUUAAACAUUUGGGAAUGAUGAAGCCUUAGUGUUCAUGCAGAGAUGAGAGAACAGAAUAACAGAUGAAUUUGUGUGAGAGGGAGAAAAAAAAACAUAAUUAUUUUAGCAAAUACCGUAGAUUUCAUGGCAUAUGGAAUGUUGAGGUAGCAAAAAAAACAGAGGUAUAUUUUGUAAUAAUCACAAGAAACUUCAAUUGUGGACUCUCUUGAUGGAUGCCGAGGGCAUUGAAUUUGGACAUUGAGAUGGAAGCUAAGACGCUGUACUGAUUGAGAAUCGAUAAUUUUGAGAUGUAAAGUUACUGAGUUAAUUAGUGUAUAAAUAAUAAAAAUGAUCCCACAACUGAA